UUUUCCACUAUGGCGUGUUUGACAAUUUAUAAAGUGGAUCAACCAAACAACCAUGAAAGUGCCAUCUCAUAGAUCAUUUUCUUAAGUCAAUAAAAGAGGGUUCAAUUAUUUUAUUAUAUGUUUAUCAAUGUUAUCAUUAAUCAAUUAUCAUAUAGUAUGUGAAUCAUGUUCCACAGAAUCAUUUAUAGCAGCUAAUAAGUUCCUCACGGUUUUCUGUUUUUGACUUUGCAUUUUUCAUUGCAACUCUUUAGUUUCAACAACAUUCAUCAUAACAUAUCUUCUAAGGUUGUAUUGGGAUGAGGGCUCUAAGAGUUCAUGGAUAUGUCUUGUCUGUUUCAUUUUGUUUCAUCAUCUUCAUGGCAGUCUCACAAAAAACAGAUCCUUCAGAAGUGAAAGCACUGAUAGGGAUCAAGAAUAGUUUAAUUGAUCCAAUGGGCAAACUGAGGAAUUGGAAUAAGGGCGAUCCGUGUACACGACACUGGACUGGAGUUUGGUGUUUUGAUAAGAAGGGUGAUGAUGGUUACUUCCAUAUCCGCGAGCUCUACCUGAUGACUAUGAAUCUCUCGGGAACUCUAGCACCGCAGCUUGGUAUGCUUUCACAUCUCAACAUAAUGGAUUUCAUGUGGAACAAUCUGACUGGCACAAUACCAAAAGAAAUCGGACACAUUACAUCAUUGAAACUCUUGCUCUUGAAUGGAAAUAAAUUAUCUGGCAGUUUACCAGAUGAGCUUGGCAACCUUAUGAAUAUGAAUAGACUCCAACUAGACGAAAACCAACUGUCGGGUUCUGUGCCAGAAUCGUUAGCGAAUUUGGUCAACAUUAGACACCUUCACAUGAACAACAACUCGUUCACUGGUCAACUUCCAUCCAAACUUUCAAACCUAUCCAAUCUUAUGCAUUUGCUUUUGGACAACAAUAACUUAUCUGGAUAUCUUCCACCAGAAUUCUCCAAGUUACACAGUUUGGAAAUACUGCAACUCGAUAACAAUAAUUUCAGCGGGAACGGAAUUCCUUCUACCUAUGAAAAUUUACCCAAGCUUGUAAAACUGAGUCUGAGAAAUUGCAGUCUACAAGGAGCUAUUCCUAAUUUAAACAAAAUACCAAGUCUUAAAUAUUUGGAUCUUAGCUGGAAUCAGUUUACUGGACGUAUACCAUCGAAUAAUCUUUCAACCAACAUGACAACUGUUGAUCUGUCCCAUAAUAAACUCAAUGGAUCAAUUCCUCGAGGCGGAGUAUAUCCUUAUCUUCAAAGAUUGCAACUACAUAACAAUUUACUGUCUGGCUCCUUUCCUGCUACCAUAUGGCAGAACAUAUCCUUCAGCGGGAAGGCGAAGCUUAUAAUUGAUUUUCAUAACAACUUACUUUCUGACGUUUCCGGAGAUCUGAAUCCCCCGAAAAAUGUUAUCUUAAGACUUUCUGGAAAUCCCGUUUGCAAGAAUUCCAACAUACAAAGAAUUGGUCAAUAUUGCGGUAACGAAGGGCGUCAAGUAGAUGAAGAAUUUACGUCACCCGCUGUCUGCCCCAUUCAAUCUUGUCCAGUAGAUAAUUUCUUUGAAUAUGCACCCUCACCCCCGCCAGAUCCUUGUUUUUGUGCAGCGCCUCUAAGAAUCGGAUAUAGGCUUAAAAGUCCAAGUUUUUCUUACUUUCCUCCCUAUAAAACUAGUUUCGAAUCAUACAUGACCAAGUCCUUAAACUUAAACUUCAAUCAGUUAUCGAUAGAUUCUUAUGAAUGGGAAGAGGGGCCUCGUCUCAGAAUGUAUCUGAAAAUUUUCCCUUCAUUCAACGAUUCCCAGUCUCACACAUUCAACACAAGUGAUGUCAUGCGCAUCGCUAGCAUCUUUUCAUCAUGGAGAUUUCCUCACACGGUUUUUUUCGGACCAUUUGAACUUCUGAAUGUCACUCUUCUCGGACCUUAUGCAAAUAUAAUUAUUAACACAGAGAGCGACAGAAAGAGAAAAACAGGUAUCAUUGUUGCUACUAUAAUCGGAGCCGUUGCUGCUGUUUUAGCAAUAACUGCAAUAGCCAUGCUCUUACUUUUUAGAAGAAAUUCAAAAUACAAGCACUUGAUUUCCAGGAAACGCAUGUCCUCUAAUAUAAAUAUCAAAAUAGAUGGUGUGAAAGCAUUCACUUUGAAAGAGUUGACUCACGCCACUAACAGAUUUGAUAUCUCGGCUAAAGUUGGUGAAGGUGGUUACGGAAAUGUCUAUAAGGGCGUUUUAUCUAAUGAAACGUUUGUUGCCGUUAAGCGAGCAGGAGAAAAUUCAUUACAAGGACAAAAAGAGUUCUUGACUGAGAUUGAACUUUUAUCGAGGUUACAUCAUCGAAAUCUUGUCACCCUAAUGGGCUACUGUGACGAAGAAGGAGAGCAGAUGCUGGUUUAUGAAUUCAUGCCCAACGGCACACUGAGAGAAUGGAUUUCUGGUAAAAAGAAACAAUUCAAUAAAGGACUUAGCUUUUGCAUGAGAUUACGGAUUGCAAUGGGUGCAGCCAAAGGAAUACUAUAUCUACAUACAGAGGCUAACCCUCCUAUAUACCAUAGAGAUAUUAAAGCGAGUAACAUACUUCUCGACUCCAAGUUUACAGCCAAAGUGGCUGAUUUUGGACUGUCGCGGCUUAUACCAUACUCGGAUGAAGAGGGGACUGUACCUAAAUAUGUGUCAACAGUUGUGAAGGGAACACCGGGUUACCUGGAUCCUGAAUAUAUGAUGACUCAUAAGUUAACUGAUAAAAGCGAUGUAUACAGUUUAGGAAUUGUGUUAUUAGAGCUUUUGACUGGCAUGCAUCCGAUAUCACGAGGGAAAAACAUUGUUCGCGAGGUUAAUCUGGCUUGUCAAAAUGGCACGAUGGAUUCGAUUAUAGAUGCUAGAAUGGGUGAGUAUCCAUCUGAAUGCUUAGACAAGUUCUUAGCUCUGGCUCUCAGUUGCUGUCAUGACCAUCCAGAUGAGAGACCAUCAAUGUUAGAUGUGGUGAGAGAAUUGGAAGACAUUAUUGGUUUGUUACCUGAAACUGAGAGUGAAAUUUGUUUAUCAGAUGUUUCUUUAGAUAAUUCUGGUAAAAUUGUGCCCUCGUCUUCAUCAUCGGCAACAACAUCAGGAAACAUUAUGACAAGAAAGGACCAGCAGCACAUGUCCGCAGAUGUGUCUGGAAGUGAUCUUAUCAGUGGCUUCGUUCCUACUAUUGUUCCUCGUUGAGGCCUUACUAUAGACUUGUUUGGAUAAACAACUUAUUUGCAGCGUAUAGUACGAGAGAAAUAUAGUUAUACGAAAUUAAGUGUGCACUUUUUUGAUAAUACCAAAAGUUUAAUAGGGGCAUAGUUUUUGUUUCCACUCUGCAUAGGAUUUGUAAAUUUUGUACACAUGUAAACAAGUUUACUGACAAAAAGAUGAAAAAGAACAUUAUUAAGACAUGGUUCUAACUGUACUACCAUUUGUUUUUCAAAAGAAAAAAUAAAUAAAAUUUUCCAAGUUCAUGCUAUGCUAAAAGACAGUUCAAGAUAGAUCAAAAUAUUCUCUAUAUAUACCACCACUGACAUUUAUAUUAGUGCAUCUUCGUAUUUAUAUUAGGGUGAAUCCGGAGGUGCAUCUCCCUAAUAACUCUUAUUUCAAAACUCAAGUAUUUUAUACUCAGUGAAUUUUACGGAAAUGCAUCUUCGAACGAGUUUUAGUUCAUAUACCUUACACCAGUAUCUUCCACCUUCCUUCUUCCUUUUAUACACUUUCAAAAACACUUUAAAGAGCUUGUGAGAAAGAAUCAAGUAG